AUGGCGCCCUGGACGCUGUGGCGCUGCUGCCCGCGCAGGGGCUGGGUGCCGGUGGUCUUCAUCACCUUCCUGGCCGUCUGGUCCUACUGCGCGUACGUGGUGGAGCUGUGCGUGUUUACUAUUUCUGGAAAUGAAGAAAAUGGAAAGACCGUUGUUUGCCUUGUGGCUUUCCGUCUUGUUAUGUUUGUAUGGUCCUAUUGGAUGACAAUUUUCACAUCUCCCGCUCCCCCCUCCGAAGAGUUCCACUUGUCCAAUUCUGAAAAGGAACGUUAUGAAAAGGAAUUCAGUCAGGAAAGACAACAAGAAAUUGUGAGAAGAGCAGCAAGAGCCUUACCUAUCUAUACCACGUCAGCUUCAAGAACUAUCAGAUAUUGUGAAAAAUGCCAGUUGAUUAAACCUGAUGGGGCGCAUCACUGCUCGGCUUGUGACGUGUGUGUUCUUAAGAUGGAUCAUCACUGUCCUUGGGUGAAUAACUGUGUGGGAUUUUCUAAUUACAAAUUCUUCCUGCUGUUUUUAUCGUAUUCCCUAUUAUAUUGCCUUUUCGUGGCAGUAACGGUUUUAGAGUACUUUAUAAAAUUUUGGACGAAUGAAUUGGCAGAUACACGUGCAAAAUUCCAUAUACUUUUUCUUUUCUUUGUGUCUACAAUGUUCUUCAUCAGCGUCCUCUCACUUUUCAGCUACCACUGUUGGUUAGUUGGAAAAAAUAGAACAACAAUAGAAUCAAUUCGUGCACCCACAUUUUCAUAUGGGCCUGAUGGAAAUGGUUUCUCUCUUGGAUGCAGUAAAAACUGGAGACAAAUCUUUGGUGAUGAAAAGAAAUAUUGGCUACUUCCAGUAUUUUCAAGCUUGGGUGAUGGUUGCAGUUUUCCAACUCGCCUUGUGGGAAUGGAUCCAGAUCAAGCUUCUGUUACAAACCAAAAUGAGUAUGCCAGAAGUAUUGGCUCAAAUCAACCUUUUCCUAUCAAACCAUUUAGUGAAUCAAAAAACCGCUUGUUGGACAGUGAAUCUCAGUGGCUAGAGAAUGGAGCUGAAGAAGGCAUCGUCAGAUCAGGGACACAUAACCAUGUUACAGUGGCAAUAGAAAAUUGAGUACCACUUGUUCAUUACUAACCAUUUGAAUAAGAGCAAGGUGUA